AUGAAUUUGCUCGUCAUUCUACUAGUCAGUCUUUUCAAGGUAUCAUCUUCACUGUCACAAUCCACCCAAACAUUGAAAAACCGCAUAGUUUACGAUAAUGCUCGAAUACCGGUUGACGUGGCACAUUCGUUAACACAACAAAAGUCCGAGUUGGGUCUGUUUGAAAUAAUGUCCCUAAAUGCAAACAAUGAAAUUGAACCUUACAUAUGCCACCUACCCGUCGACAAAAAGGUAAACAUUUCCAAACCCGUGCACCAUUUUGCCACAUCCGAAUUGAAGCAAACGGCAAUAAAUAUCAUUCUGGAGACGUUUGAUGAUGAUAAAUGUACAUUGGAAUUCAAUAUACAGGCAGGUUACUGGACCGUGGGGUAUUGCUUUGGUGAUAAAAUUAUGCAGUUUCAUGAAGAUCUCGUGGAUUUCCUUAGCGGCAAUCACAGGGCACAAUUACCAAACCAUGUUUACGUACUAGGUAAAUUCCCCAAUGCCAAACCUUACAAACAAACAGAAAUUAGGAAUCAAAGAGAUGAACAGAACAAGGUCAACUUAGAUCCACGCGAUUUCAUUGUUUUUGAAGGUGAAUUUAGCUCUUUCGGUGAUGACGAAGUUGACUAUUCAACAAAUACCCAAAAAUUUAUCAAACAUACAUUGGGGAAUGGAGAAAUAUGUGAUUUGACACUACAACCAAGAACGGUUGAUAUAGUGUAUAAAUGUGAUCAAGAUUUCGGAAGACCAGGGAUAAUGGAAAUUCAAGAGAUUAAGACAUGUCAGUAUCAAAUGAUUGUGAAUGUACCAGGACUUUGUCUGCUUGAAGAGUUUAGAAAGAAUUUGAUUCAUGAAAAUAUUGUUGACAUCACAUGCAAGAAAAUAGACCAAGAUGAUAACUUAUCACUUCAGGAAGUUACGUAUGACACAUUUUUUGAAUACCAACUGCCUAACCAGGGUUCUCAAGUCGCCAAAGUGAAGAAUGAAAAAGUCGACUUGGACCAGUUUUACAUCAACCCCAUCGGAGAUGGAUUCUAUCUUGGAAGUUUGAAACACGAGUAUAAGGGAGAUAAGCCUUAUUGGAAUACCAGAGUCAUUGCUAUUAAUGCCAAUGACAUUGAUGAAGGAGACUUGUUGAAUCGAUUUGGCAAAUUGUUUCUUCACACAUUAGAGAGAAAGUUCCCUUCUCCAAUCACAAUAAAUGACAAUAUUGCUACAGCACUUCAGUGGGGUGAUUCAUUCAUCUAUUGGAUAGAAAUGUAUGACAUGUUUGGUAACUUUGUUGCAUUGUUUAAAAUGGUUCGUGAUGGGAAAUUGGAUAACCAUGAAGUCGAAUUCCACAAAAUCAGCGUAGUGGACAAGCAAAGUACUGAAAACUUUGCCGCCAACCUAGACUAUUUUGACCAUCCAAACAAGGAUUGGAACUUUGAAUACUUUAAGCGUAAUCAAGAGUAG